AUUAAAAUCUUUAAUUUUCAUUUUUCAAAUUAUGGCAGAAUAAACAUAAGACAAACAAUUCAAGGGAGUUAAGAAGUUCACUUACAGAGGUCUCUAACUUGAAGAGUUGGUUAAACUACCUAUGGAUAAAUUAGUGGAAUAAUUCAGAGCAAGAUAAAGAAGAAGAAUCUCAAAUCAAGGGGAAAAAGUACAUGCUUUCUAAAAUUUAAUGAAAAAGAUUAGAAAAAGCAAGAAGGAAACAUUGCCUGGUGAAAAACCAAAACCAGUCAAGACUCAUUAAAGAAACACAAUUGUUGUUCCAGAAAUGGUUGGUUCAAUUGUUGGAGUUUAUAAUGGAAGAUAAUUUAGCAAUGUUGAAAUAAAGUUUGAUAUGAUUGGCAGAUAUUUGGGUGAAUUUUCAUUAACCUAUAAACCAACUAGACACGGAAAGCCAGGUGUAGGUGCAACUAAAGGAUCUUAACACACAGAUUGAUAUUAUGGAUUUAAAAGUACAUUAAAUUAAUUUAUAUAUAUUUUUAUUUUU